CAUCCAUGUGGACGAGCCGGACGGGGAGCGGCGGCGGCGGCGGGGGGGGCCGGCCGCCCAGAAGGUGGAGGAGGAUGAGGAUGCAGCGGCGGAGCUGGGGCUGAAGGCGGCCGUCUGCGCCCUGGGGGAGCGGCGGCCCCUGGCCACCCUGGGCAACGCCAUGGACCUGAGCUUCGAUUCUCCAAGUAUUAUGGAUAUUUCAAUAACCUCAGAAACAGAAGAGAAAAAACCAAAUGUUAAUAACGUGCCAGACUAUAUUAGUGAUAUCCAUACGUACCUUAGGGAAAUGGAGGUGAAAUGCAAGCCUAAAAUGGGUUACAUGAAGAAGCAACCUGAUAUCACAAACAGCAUGCGGGCUAUUCUUGUGGACUGGCUGGUGGAAGUUGGAGAAGAAUACAAAUUACAGAAUGAAACCCUGCACUUAGCUGUGAAUUACAUUGAUAGGUUUCUUUCUUCAAUGUCUGUUUUGAGAGGAAAACUGCAGCUUGUGGGUACUGCAGCUAUGCUGCUUGCAUCAAAGUUUGAAGAGAUCUACCCUCCUGAAGUAGCAGAGUUUGUCUACAUCACAGAUGACACCUAUACCAAGAAGCAGGUUCUGAGGAUGGAGCACUUAAUUUUGAAGGUUUUGUCAUUUGACUUGGCAGCUCCAACGAUCAACCAGUUCCUCACUCAGUAUUUCCUCCAUGAGCAGACAAAUGCUAAAGUGGAGAGCCUGUCAAUGUACCUCGGGGAGCUGAGUCUAAUUGAUGCUGAUCCUUACCUGAAAUACUUGCCAUCAGUCAUUGCUGCUGCAGCAUUUCAUCUAGCAGGCUAUACCAUCACUGGACAAACUUGGCCUGAAUCCCUGUGCAAAGUAACAGGCUACACCCUUGAAGACAUCAAGCCUUGCCUCCUGGACCUACACAAGACCUACCUCAAAGCAGCACAGCACACACAACAGUCCAUAAGGGAAAAGUACAAGAGUACAAAGUACCAUGGAGUAUCGCUUAUUGACCCGCCAGAGACACUAAACUUAUUGUAAUAAUCAAGAGACUGAUCUUUUUUUUUUUAAAAAAAGAUGUAUAUUACAGGAAAAUGAUGUACAGUUUUGAAACAUGGUUCAAAAUUCUAGAUGGGAUCACUCAGAAUAUUAAUGCAGGUUUUAACGAGCUUAAUUAUGAAUUUAGUUUUAUUUGGUUUUACUGUAAAUCUUUUGUACAUGCUCGACUGUUUAGCUGGGGUUUUAUAAAAAUGUUGUCUUCAAGCACGGAAUUAACCAGGCAGACCAAGCGCAGUCCGAGACUGCUGAUCUAAUAAUAGACUAAACAUGAACAUUAGCAGUGCAUUAUAACAGUAGGGCUGCUUCUCCUUCCAAGUAAGAACAACUUGAACUCCACAGCAGUAUUUGUAGCAUUUUUAUACUGUGUAGUUUAAGCUGAGAUUUAAUAUAGGUCCAAAUUGUGGCUUAAUGGCUGGAAUACUGGAACAAACUACAUAGCGCUGGGGAGAAGGCCUUGCUGGAAUUGGCUCUCGUGAAGCUCUUUAGGAUGAGCCACUUACUGGAAGCCUUGAUUGCUGUCUCACAUACUGUCAGGUCUCCCAUCAGGUUAAAGGCUGAACUCCAGGGCAAAAUCCAGAACACCAGUUCAGACUUCUCUCUUCCAGUAUGUAGAAAAUGGUCUUGCUAUAGGUAUUUUCUAGUCAAAGUGUAAAACAUACUGAUUUUUAAAACUGUGGAGUUCUUAACUGAUGUGUUAGCUGUCCCAAAAGCCCAUUGAUACCCACUGAAAAAGAUGAUAGUCAUCAGUCUGCUCACCUCGUGCCUCUUCAGGGGCGGUGGAGGGAAUAAACUGCAGGAGGCUGAACUACUGCUCUGUGCCCUCAAGAAGAGGGAAUGUCUCCUGGGGUAGAUGUGCUACACGCAGAGUUCUGUACAUCCCUCUUGCUUGGAAAGGGUUCCUCUGCGGCAUGCAGCAACAAUGUAGACCAAGUGGUCUUCUUUUUCCUUACUUCUGGAACUGUUACAUGAGCAAACUAGCACAUAAAUGUCCACUUGUUCUAACGCCGAUUACCUUCAAACCCGUGUAAAUGGAGCGAUGCUGCCCUGUACCUGCUGUUCUUUGCAUGUCAACCAGUAAGUGCAUGGAAGUGGAUUUAAUUAAGCCAUUUCCAGUUUGGCUAAUAAACAGUUUUUUACAUCUGAUGCUGGUGGUCUUGCCAAUACCUUAAAACCACUGAGGAGCAGUUCUGGCCAUCUUCAACUGGCAUUUGUUUCUAAAGCUCUUUGGCAAGGGUGAAACCUGCACCACCUUAACUUGAAGCUGACUCAACGCUGCCCAUCUGGGUGGCUGGACAGCUGGCAGGUAGCAGCAUCAAUUCCUCACAGAUGUCAAACAGCUGCUAUGGUGUGGGCUAUUUAAAAUACAUUUAAAAAAAAAAAUCAUCAGCCCUCUGUCGAGCUGACAAACAGGUGUUAAGGUGAGAUUACUCACGUGUCUCAACUCAGUAAUUAAAAUCUUGGGUGUUCUACCCCCACCCCUGCUCUGUAGCCUGAGCCUUCCACAAAACACCUCAGUUACAAACCCUCGAGUCAAAACUAAGGAAUGCAACUACUUGGCUGCCUUUUUUGGCCAACCUGAGCUUUUUAGGAUGCACUUUGACUUUUCUGUGUGUUCUAAUUUUUAACAAAGAACCAUAUUUCAUUGGUCUACUGUGUUCUCCAACAGCCUUUAUUUGGCUUUUCAGUAGGUUGCCACUGAAAAGCUGAAACUAGUUGGUGAAAAACCCCAGUGUAUCAUGUUUGGUGCGUAGCAUUAGGAAUGCAGGAGAGGAGCUUGUAGGUAAUGCUUGUAGGGAACACCUUUGCCACAGCUGUGACAUCGGGUUGUGACCUCGGAAGGGCAAUUAUUCUUUGAAGACUAUAGAGCACAGCGCUCCUCCUGACAAACUGGGUUCUGCCUUCCCCUUCUUUAAUGGUGGGUGCUGGAAACUUUCCAAGACUGCUGAGAACUAUGAAGUAAUGUAAAGGUUUGGAUGAUUGCAAUUAUGGAUUAUUUUCCCCAGAAUAAAGUAAGCAGCAGUUCUUAAGUGAAAGGAUGACAGUGGUUUAUAGAAAUAGUUUACUGCUUAAUGAGAUGUCUCCUUGCUCUGUUUUCAACGGAAGUUGUUUGUUACUGUUCCCAUAGCAGAGAAACAUUCUCCCCUGCUCCCUGAGCUUUGCUUUCAACAUACCAAUACAACUUCCUCUGCAGCCUAAAAAAAUGCUUCAGUCCUGGGCUGGCAGCUCUGCCCAGUUAUGAUCCAUGUUCCUCCUUCCUCAGCAACAGCUCUUGCUGCUGCCAGUACUGUCUUGUUCCAUCUUCUCACUUUCCAGUCGGUAUGGGAUGAUUCCAGUUCUUGCUACUAAGCUUUGAACAAAAUAUCCCACAUUAUGCUGUACUACUGUUUUGCCUUCCCAGUUUACACUUACAGCCUUUAAAAAUAAAGCCUCCGAGGAAUCUGGGGUAUGAGGUGUUAUGUGUGAUGAGAGACACAGCACUACAAAUACCGGUCUUUUUCCUGAAGAGGUUUAAGGUCUCCUGGUACUGCAGAACUUAGAAGAAACUGGAUCUUCACCUAUUCUCGUGUUCCCAACAGUGACUCUGGGCUGGAAGGACUGACACUGAGAAAACACACUGGGUGAAGGGGGCUUUGACAACUUGAUUAAGGCUUUCUGUGGCUGGGAGCAGUUUAUCUUUUUUUUUUUUUAACAUUAAAUUCUAAACCCGAUUUGGGGAAUGCAGUAUCUGCAACAGUAACUUCUCUCCUGUUCAUAUCUCAUGAAUACUAAGGUCACAUGUAAAAUAGUCCUGUUUUGCUCUUGUAUAUAUGUGCACGUUUCUGGUUUGACUUGGUUUUUGAACAGAACAGCUGGAUCAGGUAUUUUGGAAACCUCAUCUCUUUGCUUUGCCCGACUCUAAAUCCCGAGCAUCAUUCUUCAAAUACACUUCAAGAAACAUUCCUGUCUGUUGCAUGUAAUAUUUAAUUAAACUUUUUAAGAAACUCUA